GGUCACACACAGGCCUUCCCCGGUGGAACCAUCGGGGCUGUGCCCCCGAAGGACUGCUGGGGGGGCCUGCGAGGUGAGGACCUCCUGCCUCCCCCACUCACUCACCUCACAGGUGCACAGGCAUUUAUGCUGUUGAUUUAAUUAAAUACCAUUUUCUAGUAUAUUACAUGUUUAUUAUUUUAAAAUGGGAAAAAUCCAAACGGGAAAAGGAUAAGGAAGAAAGUAAAGUCACCCCACUCAGAGAGAACCACUAAAAAUAUUUUGGUCUAUUUCCUGCUUGGCUUUUUCCUACACACACUUUUUGGCGCCUUAAAUCCGGAUCCUCAGGACAGCACCCCUCUUUGCUGUGGCCCUGCUCAGGAAGGGUCCCCCGUUCCCCGGGGUCAUCUCUGCCCCAUCGUGCGCUUGGGCUCUGCCAGGAGAGAGACUCGGGCCUCGGGGUCGGGGGGCCAGGCGGGUGUGGGGCCAGAGCUGGCCGCCCCGGCAGCGCCGAGAGGCGGGGACACGGUGACAGCAGCAGCCGCGGCUCCGCCCGGGGCCGGCCCACGCCGGGGGCUCGGUGCCUGCAGGGCAGCGAGAACCGCUCCUGCACGCGCCCCCGGCCCGCCGCCUUUCCGGGAGGAGCGGCCGUGCGUGCGGCAGGUGCAGCGGCACAACUCGCAGCACCCCACGGCCGAGACCCCAACUCCAUGGCCAGCCCUGGGAAGCCCGGGGCUGGGGAGGCCCAGGAGGAGGAGGGAGAGGAAGAGGGAGGUUCCGUGGAGCCACAGGCAGAGAUGCUGCAGCAGGCCCAGGAGCUGUUUCUGCUAUGUGACAAGGAAGCCAAGGGCUUCAUCACCCGGAAUGACCUGCAGGGCCUGCAGAGCGACCUGCCGCUCACGCCCGAACAGCUAGAGGCUGUGUUUGAAAGUCUGGACCAGGCCCGCACAGGCUUCCUCACCGCUCGGGAGUUCUGCCUUGGCCUGGGGAAGUUCGUGGGGGUGGAGUCGGCUCAGGGUGCACAGCCCACCAUGGCUCCCGAAGAAACCUUUGAGUCUGGCUGGUCAGAAGUGCAAGGCACCGAGGGCUCUCUGGAGGACGAGGAGGAGGAGAGAUUCUGGGCUGAGCUGCAGCAGCUGGGGGUGGCCCGGGUCCUGGGCGAGCAGUGGGCGGUGCGGACGCUCUGGACCCGGCUGCAGCGCGAGCGACCCGAGCUGCUGGGCGCCUUCGAGGAUGUUCUGAUGCGCGCGUCGGCCUGCCUGGAAGAGGCAGCUCGAGAGCGGGACGGCCUGGAGCAGGCGCUGCGGCGGCGGGAAAGCGAGCACGAGAGAGAGGUGCGCUGUCUGUACGAGGAGAUGGAGCAGCAGCUUCGCGAGCAGAGCCGGCGCCUGCGGAGUCAGGAUCUCCCCCGGGAGGAGCAGAGAGGCCGCCUGGAGCUAGAGCUGCAGAGCCGCGAGCAGGAACUGGAACGCGCGGGCCUGCGGCAGCGGGAGUUGGAACAGCAGCUGCAGGCCUGGGCCACCGAGCAGCUGGAGGCGCAGGAGCAGAACGCCCAGCUGUGGCGGGCCAACGAGGCGCUGCGCACCCAGCUGGAGGGGGCGCAGGAGCAGCUCCGCAGACUGGAGGGCGAUGUGCAGAGUCGCCAGGAGCAAACCCAACGAGACAUGGUCGUGGUCUCAAGGAACAUGCAGAAAGAGAAGCACAGCCUCCUAAGGCAACUGGAGCUCCUCAGGGAGCUGAACACGCGGCUACGAGACGAGAGAGAUGCCUGUGAGGCCAGGCGGCUGGGCAGUGGCCGCAGGAAGGCUCUGGCCACGGCCCGCCUGCCAGGGCCGACCUGCUGUUGCUGCUGCUGCUGGGCUCGCCCCCCUAGACGUGGCUCUGGCCACCUUCCCAGCGCCCGCUGACCAGCCCAGAGUGACUCAUUGGGCGUUACUGGAGGAGCUGCCCCUUGAAGGUGACUCGUCAUGGCUGGGGCCUGCCCAUCCAGGAUGUGGGCUCUACCCAGUGGACUGCCUGGCCUGCCUGCCUGCAGGCAUGAAGGAACUAACCCCAGGGGUGGUCAGGGUCUCAUGUGCCCCCAUGCUUGUCCUCAUCCUGUCCCACUGUCCCCAUCCCAUCAAACCUAUGUCUGUCCAGCAGAAAAACCCCCUCCUCCAAAUAAAGUCCACUGACUGCA